GUGCGGGUGGCAAGCCUGACGAGUGAGACCAAACUGCCUGGGUCAAAGUCCCAAAACUGCUCUGUAUUUUGCACAUUCACAAUGGAGAUUCCUAUUUUUAUCGUGGAUGCCUUUACUAAUUUACCAUUUAAGGGGAACCCAGCAGCUGUUUGUCUUUUAAAACAUGAGCUGCGCGAUGAAUUGUAUCAGAAGAUAGCAGCGGAGAUGAACUUAUCGGAAACUGUCUUCAUCACCACGGUCAAGCCUUCUGAGGAUUUCACAAAGGAUUCAAGGUUCCGUCUCCGUUGGUUCACACCUACCACAGAGGUCAACCUUUGCGGUCAUGCCACUCUGGCCUCUGCUGCCGUGCUCUUCAAACACAAGCAAAAUGUGAAUUCUGCUGUGGCAUUUGAAACCAGGAGUGGAGAUCUGUCUGUUGUACAGGAGGGUGAGGAUUUAGUGAUGGAUUUUCCCCUCAACCCACCCACCAAGAAGGCUCCUGAGCAUUUUAGAGACCUUAUCAAGGCCUCAGUAGGAGAUCACCCAGUCCAGGAUGUUUAUCUGAGUUCCAACACUAAGAAACUACUGCUGCGACUGGCGGACACCUGUGACAGGUCAGUCCUUAGCAGUCUCAAAGUCAACCCUGAAGCCCUACGAAGCAGCGACCAGAGCGGACAAGUCAAAGGCCUGAUAAUCACCAUGAAAGAUAUUUUGCCCCCUGGAACGGAAUUCCGGAGGAUCCUGUCACAGGUUCUGCACACACAGUCCUGGCUAGCUACUGGUCUAAAGAACUGGGAAAGAAGAAAAUGCUUGGUCAUUAAUUUCACUAAAGUCCUUUCACAUCUUCAGUCAUCAAACUCUUGCAUAGCACAGUCACAAUCAUCUCAGCGUGUUGAUUUUACUUCUUUCUCCAUCCCGAUGUGUGUGUGUAGCAUUCCAGUGUUCCGAGCGAGGUGGAGAGCUGCAGCUCGAGGUGAGAGAAGAUGGAAGGCUCAAUAUAACAGGGAAGAGCGUCACCGUGCUGCAGGGAACAAUCACACUGUAGACACCUGCAGAGAAGAGCGCUUUAACUCCUAAGGCACUAUUAUUAUAUUGUGCUGUACAAAACAAUGUUUAUACAC